AUGUGUUCCGAACCGAUUGCCAAUCUAGCCAAUGUCAUGCAAGUUGUGGCGGGGAAUACAGACUGCUUAACCACGACGGUCUCGGCACUCAGUCCACCCGCAUCAACAAGUCAAGCAGUCAGCUCGAGCGUAGUCCCCACGUCAUUGUCGAGUUCAAGUCCGUCGCCCUCAAAGAGCGAUGCUACUGCCGUGUCCACCACCAGCGCAACCCUGGCACGAGCGUCGGCUAGAUCAGGUCCUUCGAUCGGAGCCGUGGUUGCCAUCAUCCUGGCAGUUUCGGCCAUCUUCCUCGUCGGCCUGGCCUUGUUCUGGCGGUCUCAUAGGACAUGGAUGAAGCAAAUGGCGGAGGCGAAUGCGGAUCAGGAACGGCCGCCCAGUGAAAAACCGCAAGGUCGUUUCUUGGGUGCCGUCCUCGGUCGUGCUGAGGGACCCUCUCCUCUUCGUUCGUUAACUCUCUUCCGCAGCCUAGGAAUGAUGCUGAUACUAGCCUCUUCAGCCUACAGAGAAGAGACUCCGCCGCCGCCAAUUACGCCACCGAAGUCAUGGUUCGUCGGUACGAGAGCGGCCAUAUCCCCGGGCGCUUCGAGCAGCGAUGGCCGUGGUCAGCAGGACUUCACUCCUGACAGCGGAGACGGUCCACACGACAAGCUAAGGAUCACGAUCCCCCCGCAGACCCGCCGGUUUGUCGUGAGCAAUGCUGCCACACCCGUGGUGCACACAGAUGGGGGCGUCAGACUCCUGGUGUCGGAACGAGAUUUGCCGCCGGUCUAUUACAAGUACAGUUGA